AUGUCCCUCACUGCGGUGGCUAUACCGGUCCUCUACAUGAUUCUCUCAGCUUGGCAUGUGAGUGCCAGAGAGGACUGCCUAUGGUAUGUUGACAAGAACGGCACCUGGCACAAUGGUUUUGACUGCCCACUCAUCACCUUCUGCUGUGGGAACUGUCACCGCCGUUACUGCUGCCUGGAUGCCUUCAAGAUGAUCACAGAGAGAGAGCAGAAGCGAUGUAUGCUCUUCCAGUUCAGCCCCACGACGAUCGCAGGCAUCGCCUCCUCCAUCCUGCUCUUUGUAGCCAUCAUUGCCACUAUGGUCUGCUGUUUUAUGUGUUCAUGCUGUUAUCUUUACCAGCGCCGGCAGCAGCGUGGGAGGACCCCUUAUGAAGCCCAACAGAUUCCAAUGGCCAGCUACCCUGUAGAGCCAAUGUAUGAUGCGUACGGUAAACCCAUUGGACACCCUGAUUACACUAACCCUGGAUAUCCAAUGGCGCCACAGUACCCUCAGCAAUAUCCCAUGAUGCAACCAGGACCUUAUCCACCAUACCCUCCGGUAGAUCCCGCAUAUAGUCAAGCAGCUCCUCCACCCUACUCCCCACCACAGUACCCAGGAAACUGAUGCAAUA